AUUUCGAUCGGAGAUGAGCUUUAAACAUGAGAGCAUAACCUCAGGGUUGUGUUCCCUAUCAAAACAGUCCGUUUCGACUUGGAAAAGCGCUUCAAGUAGCGGGGGUGUAUGAGGAGCAGAAGUGCAAAGCUUUCACCUCGAUCAGGUAGCGAAGGAGGUGAAAGUAGGAGUCGAAGAGGGGGGGCUGUGGCUGGAUUUAGUGAAAGAAAACAAUAUGGCCGCGGUGGAGCUGGAAUGGAUCCCCGAGACCCUGUACAACACUGCUAUCUCCGUCGUGGUCGAUAACUAUGGCCGAUCGCGACGGGACAUCCGCUCUCUGCCUGAAAAUAUACAGUUUGAUGUGUACUAUAAGCUUUACCAGCAAGGCCGGCUCUGCCAGCUGGGAGGGGAGUUCUGUGAGCUGGAGGUCUUUGCCAAAGUCCUCAGGGCCUCUGACAAAAGGCACCUCCUACACCACUGCUUCCAGGCUCUGAUGGACCAUGGUGUGAAAGUUGCUUCAGUCCUGGCCAACUCCUUCAGCCGUAGAUGUUCAUACAUCGCAGAGUCGGAUGCACAUGUGAAAGAGAAAGCUAUACAAUUUGGCUUUGUUUUAGGUGGCUUCUUAUCAGAUGCCGGCUGGUAUGGAGAUGCAGAGAAAGUCUUCCUGUCGUGUCUCCAGCUGUGUACACUCCACGAUGAGGUUCCACACUGGUAUCGUGCAGUGGAGUGCUGUGUGAGGUUGCUUCAUGUGCGUAAUGGCAACUGCAGAUACCACCUGGGAGAAGAAACCUUCAAGCUGGCUCAAUCUUACAUGGAUAAACUAGCCAAACACGGCCAUCAGGCCAAUAAGGCUGCUCUGUAUGGAGAACUGUGUGCCCUACUCUUUGCCAAAAGCCACUAUGAUGAGGCAUAUAGGUGGUGUAUAGAGGCUAUGAGGGAGAUCACAGUGGGCUUACCUGUGAAAGUAGUAGUUGAUGUUUUAAGACAAGCCUCCAAGGCUUGUGUUGUUAAGCGAGAGUUUAGGAAAGCUGAACAACUGAUUAAGCAUGCAGUGUUUUUGGCACGGGAACAAUUUGGGCACAAGCACCCAAAAUACUCAGAUACACUACUAGAUUAUGGAUUUUAUCUUUUAAAUGUGGACAAUAUCUGUCAAUCAGUGGCCAUUUACCAGACUGCACUCGAUAUUCGACAGUCAGUGUUUGGAGGAAAGAAUAUCCAUGUUGCCACAGCACAUGAGGACCUGGCCUACUCUUCCUAUGUACAUCAGUACAGCUCUGGUAAAUUUGACAACGCACUAUUCCAUGCAGAACGUGCCAUAGACAUCAUAACUCAUAUACUCCCUGAAGACCAUCUGCUGCUGGCCUCGUCCAAGAGGGUGAAAGCCCUGAUCCUGGAGGAGAUCGCUAUCGACUGCCAUAACAAAGAAACGGAGGAACGCCUCCUGCAGGAGGCCCAUGAUCUGCACCUCUCUUCCCUCCAAUUGGCCAAAAAAGCCUUCGGAGAGUUCAAUGUACAGACGGCUAAACAUUACGGCAACUUGGGUCGACUCUACCAAUCCAUGCGGAAAUUCAAGGAGGCAGAGGAGAUGCACAUCAAGGCCAUUCAGAUCAAGGAGCAGCUGUUGGGGCAGGAGGACUAUGAGGUGGCUCUAUCAGUGGGACACUUGGCCUCACUCUACAACUACGACAUGAAUCAGUAUGAUGAUGCUGAGCGGCUCUACUUGCGCUCCAUCGCCAUUGGCAAGAAGCUGUUUGGGGAGGGUUACAGUGGACUGGAAUAUGACUACAGAGGCCUCAUAAAACUGUACAACUCAGUUGGAAACUACGAGAAGGUCUUUGAGUACCACAAUAUUCUGUCCAACUGGAACCGUUUAAGAGACAGGCAAUUUGCCGUAGCUGACGCACUGGAGGAUGUCAACACGAGCCCCCAGGCCACAGAGCAGGUGGUGCAGUCUUUCUUGUUAUCCCAGAGCCAUGGAGCAGGACGCUCCUGCUUGGGCUAAUGACCGGGAUAUCCACCGUUCAACUCGCAUAGAUGUGCACACCCACCCCCAUUAUCACACACAUUCACACUGAUGUAUUCACAUGUAGUCAAGAAAGGCGAGUGUGAAAUUGUUGUCUUGAGCUUUUCAAAUUUGGACUGGUCUGUCAGUUCACUCGUACCAGCAGCUCCCCUCGACCUGUUCAUAUUCUUUAUAAUGGGAGAAAAACCAUGGCAUUUUUCCACUCAUACGAUGGAUAAGUAACCAUUUGUCGAAUUUGAGUCAUGUCGAAGAAGCCGACCAUUUCUCAGAUGGCUGAAGACAUAAGAAAAAUAGAGCAGUCCAACAUAGAGCUUUGCUCACGGAAAUGCCCUUUUGAUUUUGUGUCACCAUGUUUUUGAUUAUCAUAAUUUUAUUUACAUUUAUUUUGUAUCUGAAGGAGAGGUGCUCCACACUACAGGAAUAGUUUGCUUUAUUACUGCAUCAUCUGUUUGUGGAGAAUUGCUAAGUGUAGCAACCACUGAAUCAGAUUUGAUGGAAAAUGUAAAUGAGUAAAGGAACAUCCAUAAACAUGCGUGUCCCCAUUAACAUGAGGAUUAGAGCUUGACUUCAUGUAUUACAAAGCUUUGCAUUGAGGAUUACUUGUGUGCUCUCUGGAAAAUGAGACUAGCCAUGUUACAUUAUGGACCAUUAUGUAAUUGUUUUUUUGCUUUUUCUUAUUAAUUCAUUCAUGUCAUGUGUGGAAUCUACAGUAUGGACCAGUGUGUUUACGAUUGCUCUAGAUUCCUUGUUUUAAGUUCUUCUCUUCUGGUUUUGUAUCCACUUAGUACCGAAAUAGCUUAUUUUAAACUGCCAAUAAUUUAUAUGCAAGGUAUGCUAUGACUUGUUGGUGUAACAUUGAGCCAAAACGACUCUUGUUAAUAAUACGUUUGAGAUCACAGCUAACGUCUUUUGCCAUAACAAGUGCAAAGAGUGGGCGACAGGUUUGUGAUUUUGACUUUCUCGCAGUGUGGAGCCUUAUAACACAACACGCAUUCGCCUAAGCACAAUAAGCUGGAGUGGUGGUAGUUACGGAACAAGGUUUCCUAAGUCGUUGUCAUUAUCCUUUCAGAGCUCAGCCCUGGGUGGUGUUGAUUAACACCUUUGGCCCACUGCCAGCUGACUGGACACACAGAGGAAAGGGCUGAGCCCAGCACCUGUCUUUGUGAAGAGGUACCACUGCAGGGGAACCAAUAGUCGGUGGGUGUAGUGUGCAAACCAAUGCGCUUUUGUAGUGGCGGUGCUUCUGAGAGUGCAAUAUAACAUUAAGGAUGAAAUGGACGAUAUUUGCUAAAUGCACCUGUACCACUGUUCUCCGAAUCCACUCCAGAUCUAUUUCACUGUCUUGCUCCUAAAAGCUACUCUCUCAAAUAAAAACGUUUUAAAUUAAGACACUGGAGUCACAUCUAGGACUCUAAAGUUUGUGAUUUUGUUGUCAUGCCAUCAAAAAAAUAAUGCUUUAUCAUAAUUGACACAACCGCUUAUUAAAUUGACAUCACAUUGUUUUACCUCAUAGAGAUCUCAUUGUUUUUGCAUCUACAAAAACAGCCUUGCUGCAGGCUAUGCACUGUUGAGACCCGUAAUUAACAAUGUGCUGUUAAAUGCACCCAAAAAUGAAAAUUCUCUAAUUUAUUCCCUGUAAUGCCAUCCAUUCUUUUAGAAGAAUAUCUCAGCUCUGUAGGUCCAUACAAUGCAAGUGAAUGGUGACCAGAAGCUCCAUAAAUCACAUAAA